GUCAGCGUAUUAUUCAUCACAUUCCGCGGACUAUCAGAGUUUUCGGGGGGAGAGAAAGAGAGCGGUUCUUGUCUAUCACAUCCUUCCUCAAUGGAAAGCCUGAGAGCCACCUACAUGGACGAAGAAGACGACAACGACGACAACAACACCCACACGAAAUCCACCACCGACAUACCCAACACCCACAGCAGUCCUCUCCAUCACACUCAAACCCCUCCUUCACCACCACAUCAAAACCCACAACAAAAACCCCUCUCUGAUCUCCCCAACGCCAACGCCAACGCCAACGCCAACACAAACUCCAACGCCAACACCAACACCAACACCAACACCGACACCGACACCCCCAUCGCGGACAACCCAGAACCAGCCCCAUCCUCUGACAACCACGAAAUCGAAUCCUCCUCGGACAACAACAAAAACAGUAGAAGCAGCAACAACAACAACAAUGACAACAAUAACAACGACAAUGAAGCCUCUGACCACAACAACGAAGAACCGGAACUAGAAGACCCCCAACAGCCCCCAACCACAUCCUCUUCCGAAGACUAUAUCACUACCGCCCCCGCCCGUAAAAAGAAAAAGCCCCUCUCAUCCUUAACCUCAACCUCUCCACUCCCAAAACCCACAUCUGCACCCUCACCACCGCUCCCGCCCGUAACGACACAAACACCUGCAACCAAAAAACCCAAAAAGAAGGCCAUCAAUGUCUGGACCAAAUCCACCUCCCGCAAGAACAAGAAGAAGGCCAGAAUUGCAACGGCUGCCGCCACUGCCAAACAGUCUGCUGUCGUCAUAACCCCCAUCCCACGCUUUCCCGAUAGAUCCGAUGACUCCCCUGACGCCAUUAUCUGCCUUUCGAAAAUCUACAAGGCUGAGAAGGUCGAGCUCAGCGAUGAUCGUCUGUCUGCAGGGAGCACCAAAGGGUACCGCAUGGUCCGUGCCACAAGAGGGGUUGUUGAGGGCGUGUGGUACUUUGAAAUCAAGGUAGUGAAUUUGGGGGAAACGGGCCACACGCGGCUUGGGUGGGCCACGGAGAAGGGGGACUUGCAGGCGCCUGUGGGGUAUGAUGGGAACAGCUUUGCGUAUCGGGAUGUGGAUGGGAGUAAGGUGCAUCGGGCAGUGAGGGAGGAGUAUGGAGAGAAAGGGUAUGGUGAAGGGGAUGUGGUGGGCUGCUACAUUAGUCUUCCUGAUGGAGAGUUGUAUGUGCCGAAACCGCCGCAUUUGGUUAUUUAUAAGGGGCAGCGAUAUGCCUGUGCGGCUGAUGGGAAGGAUGAUCCGCCGAAAGUAGUACCAGGAAGCGAGUUAUCGUUCUUCAAGAAUGGAAUUUGUCAAGGUGUUGCUUUCACCAACCUGUAUGGUGGACGCUACUAUCCGGCCGCUUCCAUGUUCACGCGUCCCAACCAGCCCAACUGUGUUGUGAAGUUCAAUUUUGGACCGGAGUUUGAAUGCUUUCCCCAAGAGUUUGGAGGCCGUCCAAUGCCAAGACCCAUGAUCGAAGCUCCGUAUCACGGAUACGAUGUCAAAGUUGAAGGACUCGAGCAAAAUGGUCUCUCUCCUGGGAAUAAAACUUAGCAGCAUUUCUUCACCAAAAGAGCAAGAUGUGAUGUGCGAAUCUCUGGAUGAGAUCAUGCCCUUCCACCAGGUUUCAAAGGGAAAAUGGAAGUCAGUCUAUCAAAUAGGGAAUGGAAUCCAAACCAUGUGAAACAGGUGAAAACGGCUGUAGUCGAUGUUAUUAGUUUGAGCUCUUAUUGUGGCAUUUCACCCCUAACCCACAACUGAAUUACUGGUCCUUCAACAUCAGUGGGUUCAAAUCUCCACGUAGCUUUAUGGAGGUCAUGGAUAGAGACUCCCAAGUUGCCUAGAUCAGUUAUUCAACUUACGUAGGGCACGCCCUAUCGAAAAAGGGAUAACUGGGCUCGAAUCCUGAUGAUGCACUUGUUUUAUUAUGUAGAUUAUUAAUUAAACUAAAAAAAAACAAAAAA